AGACAACUACAGCGUUAGCGCGGCAUCAGAGUGGAUGCACAGAUCUGUCUCUUCGCCUAAGUGGAUGCGCUAGGAUGGUCACAUCGUCGGUGGGGUUGAGGUGUAGCGAUACGAACUAAACUCUUCUCCGGCGUUUCGGAUCACAGCGGCGAUUUGGACUUUUUGUGGUGUUACGGACUUUUGUGUGGUUUUAUAGAUCGUAUGAUUUUUUGGUAAAUUUUUCAACAUGUUUUGUUGCGAUUUUUGAGAUGGUUAUUGUAUAGGCUGUGAUAGUGUGCUGUGGUGAUGGUGAUGGCUUGUUUGUGGGUUUUGGUGGGGAUGGUGGUUGGGUGCGGUUUAAAUGGAGAGAGGAGAUGAUGGUGGUGGUGGUGUUUUGUGGGUGGUGCGGUGGUGGUAUGUUGUGGUGGUGGCAACGGGCGGCUAUCAAGGUGGAGGUGUUGAAACAAGUACAAAAGACUGGUCUUUACAAGCAUGUGAUGGAUAUUUUAUCUUCAAAAAAAUCUUCCUGCCAAAUCAAACAAACUGUUGGUGUCCGAGAUAGUUCGCCUCACAUUGCAUCAAGUGUUUGCUGUCAAGGGGCUGGAUUUUUUACUGGGAAAUUGGGCUUGGCGGACAGGUUUUGCUGUAGGGAGAGCAAAUUAUUAUACUGGUCGCGAUGAGUGCAUAUUUGUUUGUGGUGACCCCAUGUGACCAAAUUUGAGUUUGUUGUGACUAUUUGUGACCAAUUUUGACCGGUUGUAACAUGAUAUUGACCUUAUCAUAGAUAGUCACACUGAAUGUAAUUUUGGUUUAGUCACACCGAAAUUAGAGUUGGUCAUUGUUAAUCACA